GGUGUAUUUACACCAAUCAACGUCAAAAGUAUUAUUUUGUGAUUGUGAAAGUUAUCGUUUAAUUAAUUAUUUAUAAUUCUAUCAUCAUUUCACUGUUGUCCAGAUAAAUACUAAGAUGUCCUGUCGCAACGCAUCGCACGCGGGCAGCUGGUACACCGAAAAUGGUAACGAGCUGUCCCGUCAGUUGGACUUAUGGCUGUCGAAAGCCGAUCUCACGCAUGGACCUGCCAGAGCCAUCAUAGCACCUCACGCCGGCUACUCGUACUGCGGAGCUUGCGCGGCCUUCGCCUACAGACAAGUCAGUCCCGUGGUCGUUAAGCGUAUCUUCAUUCUGGGUCCGUCUCACCACGUGCGACUCGGGGGCUGCGCUCUGUCGUCGCUGGACAAGUACCAGACGCCGUUAUAUGACCUCACCAUUGAUAAACAGAUUUACGCUGAAUUAGAAGCGACCCGCCAGUUCGAAUGGAUGGACGUGCAGACGGAUGAAGAUGAACACUCCAUAGAGAUGCAUCUGCCUUACAUUGCUAAAGUUAUGGAAGAAUACCAAACCGGCUUCACAAUAAUACCAAUCCUAGUAGGAUCCCUCACUCCUGAAAAAGAGGCUAAGUACGGAGCCAUCUUAGCCCCCUACUUAGCAGACCCUCAGAACUUGUUGGUCAUAUCGUCUGACUUCUGCCAUUGGGGGUCUAGGUUCAGAUAUACUUGGAAGGAUAACUCGAGGGGCCAGAUUCAUCAGAGCAUUGAGUGGUUGGAUAAACAGGGUAUGGACAUAAUAGAAAAGAUGGACCCGCGCGCGUUCACGGACUAUCUCAAUAAGUUCGGCAACACUAUAUGUGGCAGACACCCCAUAGGCGUUUUAUUGCAGGCGAUAUCAAAACUCCGUGGCCAAUCAAAUAGUCCGCGGAUGGCUAUGAAAUUCCUGAAAUAUGCUCAGUCCUCCCAGUGCGUGAACAUGCAGGAUUCAUCCGUAUCGUACGCGAGUGCCUCACUCGUCAUUGAAUAGGUAACACAUAGGAAAUGUGACGGACAAGUGUUUUAGAUAACAAUAAAGUGGAAAAAACUGCUAAAAAGUAUAAUCACUGUGUCAAGAUUGGUCAUUGGUCUACUUUGUGAGUGGUAAAAAUUGGUCAUUGAUCAAAUUUGCGAUUGAUUAAUUGGUCAUUGGUCAACUUUGCGUUUGAUCAAGAUUGGCCAUUGAUCAGGAUUGGUUAUUGGCCAAUUUUGCAAUUGGUCAUUUUUUAACUUUGCCAUUGAUCAAGAUUGGUCAUUGAUCAACUCUUUGACUGGUGAAAAUUGGUCACGGGUCAACUUUGUCAUAUUUCAAGAUUGGUCAAUUUGCGAAUUGGUCAGUUUGAACAAUUUCACAAAUGAUCAGUUUUUCGAAUUGGUCAGUAUGGCGAUUGGUCCACUUUUGCGAUUGCUGAAAUUCGUAGUUUGGAUUUCUUUAUUAUAUUUAAAACACAUGUCUGUCUUACAAUGACAGGCAUUUAUAAUAAAAUUUAAAAUGGCUGAUAUAACUGACAGCCAUUAAAAAUAUUAUUUUAAAUGAAAAUCAAACUCAAAUAUAGUUCAUCUUUCAACAUAAGUGCUUCAAAUAAAAUAUACUGUCUAUAAUUUUUAUACCUUUUAUAAGUUAAAAAUAGUAGCGUUGAAUAAAAAUAUUUUGAAAAAUGUAAAAAAAAACUAAACAUUUCUUUAAAAUAGGCAUCUAUUAAUUUUUGUGAAUUUAUCGUUUACAAUCCUGCCUUUUCAUAUCAUUAGAAAUGAAUUAUGUUUAUAAAAAAAUGCUUGAAAAGUUAUAUAACAAAGAUUUUCACACUGCGACGCAUUUAAAAAACUUGAAGACUAUUAAAAAAGCUACACUUUUGAAACUCUUUAAAUAAAUAUGUAAAACUGUCAAAAAACAGAAUUAUCAAGAAACUUAAAAGGUUUGAGUAUGAAUGGAGACAAAACUAAGAAUGAUUUUGGUGUUUUCAUAGCUAUGUUGGUCGAAUUUUACUAAAAAAAAAAACGAACUAACAAAAUUCUAUCAUGUUUCUAAUUUUGAUAAGCCAGUAAGUCUGACGCCAGUCUAACCAAGGGGUAUCGUGUUGCCCGGGUAACUGGGUUGAGGGGGUCAGAUAGGGCAGUCGCUCCUUGUAAAGCGCUGGUACUCAGCUACAUCCGGUUAGACUAGAAGCCGACCCCAACAUUGUUGGGAAAAAGGCUCGGAGGAUGACAUUUUGGACUAUGGUGAAGUCACUACCAACUUCCUGGCGGCAAAAAUAAUUUGAAAAGAUCUUGUCUUUGGUCUCCAUUCAAACUACAAACUUCUUGGCAGAAUUGUCGUUGAGCCAUCUCUUAAAAAAUCUUUAUAUACGCACAUUUGAAUAAUUUAUUGUUCACCUCAACUUCAGUCGCUCCAAAUAACUUUGCAGUUGUGAAGUUAGCCAUUUGACUCGUUGCGUAUUUAUUCGUACAGAUAUUGUCGAGAAGCUAUACUUGUCCGAAGUUAGCUACUAUUAAUAUAAUAUAAUAAUGUCAGGAUACCUUUUCACACACGGUCGGUUAGCCCCAUGCUAAGUUAUUAAUUAACUUGCGUUAUGGGUGCUAACACAACUGAUAAACUACAUAUACACAUAUUUAUAAACACAUAUCAUAACACCCAGACCACGGCCAACAAGCAUGCUCAUCACACAAAUUUCGACCGAACCGGGAAUCGAACCCGGGACCUCAGGUUCACAAAUUAUUAUUAUUGACUUCAUAAUAGUCAAAAAUAUAUGAACAAAACAGUACUGCGCAUGCGUGAGGCGUUUAAUGGCUAACUUCAGAGUUGCAAAGUUACAUGGCGGGAACUAAACAUGCUUUGCUUUAAGAAAUUCUCAAAUAAAUUUACUUAAUAAGCAUAGAGGUAACAAAUUGGAAUUAUAUUAUAAAUAUAUACAUUAGUAGUGUAUUUAAAAGACUUGUAACCGAGUUAAGACCUUAAUCCAAUUUAUAUUAUAGUAUUUAUCAUCAUUUUCUGAACGAAAACUUUUUUUUUUAAUUUUCAAGAUAUAAUAAUCCGGGGAGUCAGCUUCUUCCAUACCAAAUUCUAUCAAAAUUAGUCCAGUCGUUUGCGCGUGAAGAAGUAACAAACAUACACAUGAAAAAAUCUAUGUUUUCUAUAGUGUUCUUUCUUUCUGUUCAGAAUAUGAUAAUCUUUACUAUGAUAUAAAUUAUGUGCAAAAUAUAACCAAGGUUGUUAUUUUUGUAUAAAAUCAUAUUACUAUUGUAGUGUUCAAAUAUUAUAAUAUUAAUGUAAGUGAAUAUUUUAGAUAUUAGUCACACCUUAUGUUUAGUGUAAAGAUUAGGCGUUAGUGAUCAAUAUUUUGACUAAAUUCCUAAUUUUUCUUGAUUCCUGUGUAUACGGAUUUUUAUUCAAAAGUCUAAUAAUUUCAGAUUUUGUCUUUGUUAUAAUGAAAUGUAAGCGGAUAAUGGCUUUGUUCAAAGAAAAUAAGGGAUAUCAAUAUUAAUUUGAAUCUUAAGAUACACCAGUCUGGCGAUCCCUAUGGUCUCAAUCCGGCAACCCAUUGGUCUGAAUUCAGCGACCCUUUGUAUCAAUUCGGCGACCAUAUCAAGCCAUCUCGGCGACAUUAUUUUUAUCUAUGGCAAAAAUCAUCAAAUGACCCCUCCCGCUGUGGGUUAGCAGCGGUGAGGGAGUGUCAGACUCUUACUGACUAAACACCGUCGUGUUCCGUCGUAGGCCUUUUAUGUACCAGGGCCGCGGUAACUCGCGCGAACAAUCCCGCAGCCCAUCUCGCCGACCCUAUAGUUAGAAAGGUCGCUGAUACAACGUCAGAAAGUUGCCAAUAUUGCACUAGCACAAUAUUUAGCUUCAGUUG